AGGUCCAGUAAAAAACGGAUGCAGAAAAGGUCACGGAUCUUGGUAGAGGCAGAAGGCAAAUUGAGGAGUGGAGAAGAGAAGAUACUCGGCCAUGGCGACCAGGCUAGCUUCUCCCAACGCUGUCAUGGCUUCCAUUCCUCACUUCCACGGGCUUAAAGCCAAAAGCCGAGCAGAUACUCUGGCACUGCCCCAAGCAGUUUCAUACAAGGGCAAAGGUGCCAUUGGCGCUCGCUGCGGUGACUUCAUCGGCUCUCCCACGAACCUGAUAAUGGUGACGUCGACGACGUUGAUGCUGGUGGCUGGACGAUUCGGGUUGGCUCCAUCGGCGAACAGGAAGGCGACGGCGGGACUGAGGCUGGUGGCGAGGGAGUCUGGCCUCCAAACCGGCGACCCUGCCGGCUUCACCGGCACCGACACCCUUGCCUGUGGCGUUGUUGGUCACAUCAUCGGCGUCGGCGUUGUCCUUGGCUUCAAAUACUUGGGUGUCAUCUAAAUUACCGUGUUAUCAUUCGGUUCCAACUACUGCAUGUAUUUAAUCCAUCAGUUCGAUCUCCUUCUUCCAUUUAAA